GUUAGAAUUUGAUGUCACGUGACACGCAGGUAAAUAGGUCAAAAUGGCAGAAUUCGCAGGAUUGAAUGCAUCUCAAGUUCAGGCAGUUGGGUCAACAUUGGGACAACCAGCCUCAAAUUUUCAAAAUAAUGAAGAAGUAGAGAUUCAGUGGGCUAUGAAAGCUUACAGACAUGCUGAGAUUUAUUUCAAUCUGCUGUGUUCAGUUGCAGAACCAAAAAACUUGAAGCUGACAAAAAUAGAUGAUGUAAUUUACCAAAUGUUCAGAGAAACAUUUCCAGACAUGAAUAUUGCAGUAGUAGACGUUGAAGCUAUGAAAGCACCUGCUGCCAAAGAGAAAUGGAGACCAUUCUGUGAGGAAUUUCGAGACAGGGUAGAGGACUAUAACUUUGGUACUUUAGUCAGAGUAAAUGCUGAUGAUGAGUAUACAGAAAAAAAUACGGAAAUUGUUCCGAGGGUGCAGUUUUUUGCAUUAGAAAUAGCAAGAAAUAGGGAGGGAUGCAAUGAUGGAUUGAGAGAAAAAUAUGCUGUCAAAGAUGACAAACCACCUUGUUUACCUGAGAAAGACGAUCAAAUGGAUCUUAAAUACUUUCCUGUUUUGAACACUAUUGGACAAUUAGUUGAAAAACAAUAUAAGGAAUAACUUUCCUCCAAAACAUUUCAAUAGUUUGAAGGAAUUUCCUCAUUAAAAGUUUCUUGGAGUCAUUUGAAAGGUCUUCCAGCUCUGUUUAUAAAUUGGGCACGUUUACAGUUACCACUUGUCAGUGAAUACAGUCAGUCAUUCAAGAUAUUUUCUAAAGUGGUGCUGGCAGAUCAUUUUUGACAGCUUAACUUAGUACCAUAAUAUCUCAUCAAGUCAUGUAAUAAUGAGUUCCAGCUACCGUUUACCAGGGCCAUAGAGAGCUUUUGUCUAAUGGCUAAUUAAGUACACAUUUCUGCACUGGGUGAAACUGCAAAAAUGGUGUCGUCACCCAGUUCACCUCUGGUAGAGAGGAAGUUUCAGCUGUCCCCAAGCGACCUACGUUGGUAAAAAUUGUUGGUUCGUGGACAACAGAUGGAUGAGAUGGGCUUUUUGUGGUUAGAGAUCGUAAUUGGACAAUCUACCAAGAUGGUGCAUAAAUCACGCUGUCCUAGCUAGAAGCUAGACUGGAAAUCUGUCUUAAUGUGCCUCCUUUCAUAAAUAUAUGAAAUAGUAUCUUGAUUUCAGGUCUCUAACAUUUACAAGUAAAUAAAAUAUUUGAAUAACUUA